AUGGAUGAAAGACGAAUUGAGCGCACCGAGCCAUACUUCAUGGGUAUUUUCUGCUUAGAAUGCGUACUGAAGAUUAUUGCUUUUGGUUUCAUUGCUCACAAAGGAUCGUAUUUAAGAUCCGGAUGGAACAUCAUGGAUUUUAUAGUAGUAGUAUCUGGCGUAGUUACGAUGCUUCCCGUAUCGCCUGCCGCUGGUGGCGGUGGUACAGCUCAGGUGGAAACGGUCGAUUUGCGAACAUUGCGAGCUGUGAGGGUGUUACGACCGUUGAAACUAGUCAGCGGUAUUCCCAGUAAGUUUUGUUGA